GAUGCGCCCGGGCCGAGGGACGUCUCGGCCGCUCUGAGCUCUCCCGGUCUGGCAGGGCCGGCGGGCCGAGGAGGCGCUUCCUGAGGAGCUGCUGGAGACACGACCGCGGGGCCAGCGGAGCGAGAGCGGCGGGGGCGGCGGGGGGGGCAGCAGGAUGUACACGGCCGGCUUGGCCCCCUUUUACGCGUCCAACUUCAGCCUCUGGUCAGCGGCAUAUUGCGCGCCGGCGGGCCCGGCCACUGGCGGCUGCUUCCCCUUGGAUCCCGCCGGGCUCAAGAAGCCUUCGUUCUGCAUCGCCGACAUCUUACACGCCGCCGCCGGGGAGGACGGCCUGGCCGGGGGCUCUUCGGCCAACCUGGCAGCCCACCUCGGCGCCGUCCAUGCCCACGCGCAGUUCCACGCCGCGGGAUCCCCGCUCAGGCCCACCCCCGUGGUGGCGCCUCCGGACUCUUCCGUCGCGUUCCCCGCCAGACUCUCGGCCGGCUACUCUCACCCCCAGCACCACCGAUCCCCCACCGGAACGUCUCCAGCCCCAGGCCGGGGACAGAGCCACCAGACUCAGCAUCCCGGCUCGGCUCCCGCUCCGUCCAGCAAAGACUUGAAAUUUGGGAUUGAUCGCAUUUUAUCCGCUGAGUUUGACCCGAAAGUCAAGGAAAGCAACACGCUAAGAGAUCUGACCUCCUUGUUAGCCAGCAGCCGCCAAAGCGGGGUUCACAUCCCUAGCUUGCAGCCUUCGGCCGGCCAGUUCUUCGCCUCUCUAGAACCCCUUAACGAGGCCUCCGGGGUUCUGGGGCCCUUAAACACCACCCCCAGGAGCUCAGUGCAGCACCAGUUUCAAGACACUUUUCCAGGUCCCUACGCGGUGCUCACCAAAGACACCCUGCCGCAGACUUACAAGCGGAAGCGUUCCUGGUCCCGGGCGGUUUUUUCCAACCUCCAAAGAAAAGGCCUGGAGAAGCGCUUCGAAAUCCAGAAGUACGUCACCAAACCGGAUCGGAAACAGUUAGCGGCCAUGUUGGGCCUCACCGACGCACAAGUGAAAGUCUGGUUCCAGAACCGGCGGAUGAAGUGGAGGCACUCGAAGGAGGCGCAGGCGCAGAAGGACAAAGAUAAGGAGCCGGCCGAGAAGGCCACGGGGGGCGCUGCGCCUGCUGGGGAGGGCGAGCCGGAGAGCAGCCCGAGCCGCUCGGAGGGCGAGAGCGAGAGCAGCGAGGCCGAGUCCUUGGAACUGGAGCCCGGCAGCGACCUCGAACGGACUGAGGCGGGGGCCGUCGCCGAUCAGCCCCUGCAGCGGCACUCCGCCGGCAUUAGCCCGCAGUUGCCACCACAGCCACACCCGGCCGAAGGCGAGGCUGCCCUUCGCCCCGAGCCCCUCUCGGCUCCCGCCAGCCUGGAUCAAGGCCGAGAAGCGCCGCGGCGCCCCGAGCCCCCCUUUGCCCUGCGGGACUCGCCCUGACGGCCUUUCCCGGGACAGCCGCCGGCUGGAAGCCCCAGCCAGCUCCAAGCCAUCGCCCUCCUUUGGGAAUGGCCGAGGGCCCACGAGCCUCCCCAAUGCGGGGACUCGAUGCACCAGCCCUCUUAUAGCCGGGGCAGAGAGAGGUCACACGCCAGAUCUUGGAGGAUGUUGGGGCGCCUUUGGGGGAGACGACGAGCCCGCGGAGCCGUGCCUGUCAGGCCCUGUGCAGUUAGGAAGGAAACCCGCAGGUAGCCCUGGGGAAAGGCGGGUUGGUCUCCGAGGGCUUUUGUGCGACGGAAGAGCUCCCUCCCCCUCUACCUCUCCCAGAGGAAAUCGCUCACAGGUCUUGUGACUCCCGCUUCGACCGGCACCA